CGUCAUCGUGAAACCAAUGUACAGUGUGUCGUGUUUGUAGUCGUGAGUUUAUUUAUUUUUGUAUCAUCGAACUAAAUGUGAAUGUGUUUUGAAUGGAUAACCAUGCCUAGUUAUAAAGGUGCUAUAAGCUUGAAUUAACACAGAAACCACGAAAUAAAAUUCUGCACAAUGAAGACCGGAGUUUAUAAAUCGUCAAAUCGCCGAAAUGGAUACCAGUCUGAUGAUGAUAAUGUAAAAUAUAAAUUAAAUACAGAGUAUUUUAAUAAACUGAAAAAGUCCACUGUACCCAUUAAAAAACCUGAAAAAAUUAAUAAUGAAGAUGAAGAGAUCCGCUAUAAGUUCCCUACUGUUUUGAAUAAACCAAAAAUAGAACAAAAACCCAAACCUAAACCUAAAAUCAAAGUAAACUUUUGGAGCAAUAAACAGUCAGGAAGCCGUUUACACAGCAAUGAAAUAAUUAAAGAUAAAGUCAGCCGUAGACAUACAGUUGCUGCUGUUACCGAAGAGUUGUCUAAGCCUAAAAACACUGUUGUCAAAGUUCGUAAACGGGUGUCCUUUUUACCAUCUCCAUUAUUCUCAGAUAACCAUGUCCCUAUGGUGACAGUACCAGAUGAUUUAACUAUUCACCUGAAUGAAGAAGAGGCCAAUGAUUUAGGUGAAGAAUUGAAUUUAGCUUUUGUGAAUAGUGAUAGUAGUGGAAAUGAUAAGAAUGAGAACUCCAGACGUAAAGCUAAAACAUCAACCACACAAACAAGCCCAAAGAGUACUAAGCGUAAACGAAGCUUUGAAGAGGUAGAUUCAAGAACUCAGGGCAAUGAAAAUGAACUUGAGUUCUUUUCAAAAUAUGUUGUGCAAAAACUACGCAAAAUGGAAACAAACCAGCGUAUCUAUUCAGAAAACUUAAUUAACACGGUCUUAAUGCUUGGUCAACUUGGAAAGUUAAAUGGUAAAUCAAAAAUUGCUGAAGCAUAAUAAUAUUUAGCA